AGCACGAUGACUUCUUGACUGUGGCUCAGUCUCUGAAGAGAGAGUUUGACAACCCAGAGACAGCUGACCUCAAGUUCUGUGUUGAAGGCAAAUACAUCUAUGUCCACAAAGCAGUUCUCAAGAUCAGGUGUGAACACUUCAGAUCAAUGUUCCAGUCUCACUGGAACGAAGACAUGAAGGAAGUGAUUGAAAUCGACCAGUUCUCCUAUCCAGUCUAUCGCUCCUUCCUGGAGUUCCUUUACACAGAUGCUGUGGAGCUGUCGCCUGAAGAUGCUAUUGGGCUGCUGGAUCUGGCCACGUCGUACUGUGAGAACCGGCUGAAGCGACUGUGUCAACACAUCAUCAAGAGAGGGAUCACAGUGGAGAAUGCCUUCUCCCUGCUGUCUGCAGCGGUACGCUAUGAUGCCCAGGACCUGGAAGAGUUCUGCUUCAAGUUCUGUGUAAACCACCUGACUGAGGUGACCCAGACUGCUGCUUUCUGGCAGACCGAUGGCAAUCUGCUCAAAGAUUUCAUAUGUCGAGCCAGUCGCUGCGGAGCCUUCAAAAACUAAAGCUUGCUCAACGAAAAUGAUGGGAACAGAUGCAGAGGAUUUCACAGGACCAUAAAUCCAUCAUCACCUCCAGUCGAGAGCAGAAACCUUCACUGACCGAUGCAUUCAUAAUGGAAAUCUUGACAUCGCUGACAGGUUUGGAUUUUAAUCUUAAUUUUUAAGGUCCUGUCACACUAUGUUUUAGACAACUUAUGCUGGCUUUUUUGUUUUGUUUAACACACUGGUGUAAUUUGCAUGUAUGUUAUCAACGUUAUGGAAAAACAAUUUUGUACAUGCUCAAAAAAUUCAGCUUAAAUCCACAUGCUGCUGAUAAGUGAGGCACAAGUUACAGCUACGCUACAGGAAAUUUAUGCGUCAGUUCACGUGUUACAGGUAAAUUAUGCUACUCAUAAGUGGACAUGACCGACACCAGCAGGACUGUUCUGAAGCGAACGCACAACCUUUUUUUAAACCACUGAGUACCUUCAGUUAUGCAAGACUUAUGUGCAAAGUCAGUUUAACGUACGGUAUUCAAAACAAUUAUUAUGAAUUAUAAUAAUACAGGUAAACUAUCCAAACAAAGUCAACAUUGCCAAAAAUGCUAUUUAGUUUCAUAUUUUAUCAAUAAAUACGUUGAUCAAAGUAAUGUCAGUCUGGUUCUAAAUUUAAACAAGUUUAGCACACUUCACCAGAAUCUUGUUAAGUAUCUUGUAAUCUUGUGUUGGAUUUAAAAUUCCCGAUAUUUAUGAUAAACUACAACUAUUUAAAAUCUGACCUUUCCACAGAAAGAAUACAUGAAGUUCAGCAGAAGUUUUAUGUGAAACAUUAGUUACAUGUAGUUAGGAUCAGUUUACUCAUAGGUUUUUAUCUGUUCAAGUCAUUAGCAAAAUGGUAUGAUCAAAGAGGUGCUAAUUGAAGCUUUUUUUCCUCAGUGUGCGCCAGCGUGUUUGACUAAAUUUGCAGAUAUCGGCAUAAGUUGUCCAAAACAUUGACAGGGCCUUUACAAAUACAUUCAUAAUGUGUGCAUUUCUCUGCUGACAGCACAAGUGUUAUAGAGCAGCAAGCAGCUGUUUCAGUGCCUUGGCUAAGCAUUCAGCAUAAAAUAGGAGCUCAAAUGUGAAGCAAGGUGUGCUGUUGGUAAAUUUUUAAAGAAUUUUGACUGUCAUAAGGUGUUACUCUCUCUUAAAACUUUUUAAGUGAACAAAAAUGGUUUUUGCACUUUUGCUGCUCUGUUUUAAAGUUUUCAGGUUGAAAAAUGAGUCUUUUAGCACUUGUAGAUGUUAGAAAAAAUCGCAGCAUCCAGUGAUGAAUAACGUUUAUUUAGGUCAAUUUUGAGUGUGUCAUUGUUGGUUAAAAGUUGUUUCUGAUACUUAUUUUCUGUCUCAGUGGUAAGACAAGCCAAAGACGGGACUUUACAAACGGGAAUCAGAAGACAGGUUUAGUCUUAAAUGUGUGGAUUUUAUAGAUUGAGCUUAAAUGUUUCUUUAAAACAGAUGUUUAUUUUUAUUAAAACAAUGUAAAUAUGGGCAUUUUGUUGUUUUUGAUAGCUCUUGCUUGCACAAUCAGACAACCAGGUAAAUGAAAGACCUUUAAUUUUACUGUAUGCUCAAGGACUCUUUUCUUUAUGACUGGUCAUUUACAUUUCUGUGUUAUGAUUUUUAGUUCUUGGUGGUUACUGCACUGCAGCUUUGAGUAUUCUUAAGAUUGUAUUUUUAUGCCAAAAACUGAAAAUCAACAAUUGCCUAACAGUGAAUGUUAUGAAGUGCCAAGUUAAAUUUUGUGACUUCUGAAAUGAAACAAAUAAAAAGUGAUUUGUUUUAUAUAAAUGAGUA